AUGAAGAAAAAGGAGGUGGCAAUCAAAGAACCCAGAACACCCAAAGAACCCAGAACACCCAAAGCACCCAGAACACCCAAAGUACCCAAUGAACCCAGUGUAGCCGAUGAACCCAAGGAACCCAGUGAACUCAGUGAACUCAGUGAACUCAGUGCACCCAUUGCAGCAACCAGUAGUGAGUUCCUGCAUGACUUGUUCAACAUAACAACCUUUGAAGAGAUGGAAGAUCCAGGUUCUCAGAAGUACAUUGUUGCUAUCACCGUUGCUUUAUUUCCACUUGGAGCCAUUUUUGGGACCCUUCCUAUUGGCUAUCUGGCCAAUAGAUUUGGCAGGAGAGGAGCUAUGAAGAUAACUACCUUUUUGAGUCUUGUCCCACCUGUCCUAUUGGCUGUUGGUGAUACAGUACAUACCUAUGAAUUCACAAUUGCUGUACGUUUCUACACUGGAAUAUGCACAGGACUAAUCUCCGGUGUUGUUCCUCUGUAUCUUGGAGAGAUCGCCCCUGUAAGCGUGAGGGGAGCCAUCAUCAUGAUGUCCCAGCUAUUUUUUGCUUUGGGGAUCCUUGCAGGUCAGAUAAUUGUUGCUGAAGAACUCUUUAAGAUGCGAGGAGGUUACUUUAUUGUGAUGGGCAUUUCUGGGAUCAUGCCGAUUAUUCAGAUCAUACUACUACCCUUCUUUCCUGAAAGUCCGAGGUAUCUGCUCAUUCAGAGGAAGGAUGCGGAGAGUGCAAGGGAAGAACUGCAGGUGCUGAGAGGCAAGGAAGAUGUGGAAAAUGAAAUGGACGAACUCCGUCAGGAGGACCUCUUUGAGAGAGCAGAAAAGAACAUGACUGCUCUUAAACUGCUAUCAGCCACACACCUGAGAACGCAGAUCAUCACCAUAGUUGCCUUGACGGGUGGUGCACAGCUUGAUGGCAUCAGUGCGGGGCAGAUGAAAAAAUGUCCCGACUCCUUCGAGUGGUAA